AUGUCGAAAACAUACCGGCUUGGUCCUAUUGAAGAGGAGGAAGAGCCUCUCACAGGUGUUGGCAGCGACGUCGACGAGAAGUUGAUGUGGAGGACGCAAAAGAAGACGAUACUAGACAGGCUCAACGACAUAAGUCCGCACUGGGCGUGGUUCGCACACGCUGUACUAUUGUCCUUGUCUUUGACGUUUUUUGCUCUAUCCUUUUGCGUCAAGUCAGCAAAACAUCCGGGUUUAGACCGAUUACCAGAGACAUAUUCACCGGCACUUGGGGCAAUUAAAUACGAAAUACAGCACUUUGAUCUACCGCCAGUCCCGGAAGGACCAUUUGUUGGAAAAGGAGAUGAUGUAGACGCCAUGUGGGAGUACAUAACAGACGGCAUUCCCGACACCAUGAUCAGCCGAGAGGAAAUGAUCAAGAUUGGACUCGACCCCGAGGGAGCGCUCGAGAUUACCGAUCCCAGGACGGGCAAGCAUGGCUACCGUGUAGCCAUCGAGGUCUUUCACCAACUGCACUGCCUGAACCUGAUGCGACAGAACAACUACAAGGCGCACUAUGCGGCGCAAGGUGGUGACACCUCAGCCGAGCCUCACGACCUGUCUGGCCACAUGGACCACUGCAUCGACGCGUUGCGCCAGUUCGUCAUGUGCCAAGCCGAUGUCAAUGUCUUUGCUUUCAGAUACCCCUUUGGUGACAAUGACCCCUGGCCGGACUACACCACCCCCCACGUGUGCCGCAACUAUGAGAGUGUCAGAAAUUGGGCCAUCGAGCAUGGAGUUCCACACACGCCUGGAGAACCUGAUCACUGA